AUGCCCUCCAUCACCGCCGCCCGCUACGGCAAGGACAAUGUCCGCCUCUUCAAGGCGCACCGGGACCCCAAGACGGGCGUGCACAGCAUCACCGAGACCGUCGUCUGCGUGCUCCUCGAGGGCGACAUCGAGACCUCGUACACGCGCGCGGACAACUCCGUCGUCGUCGCCACCGACUCCAUGAAGAACACCGUCUUCAUCCUCGCCAAGCAGCACCCCGUCACGCCCCCGGAGCUCUUCGCCGCCACCGUCGGCGCCCACUUCGUCGACACCUACGCCCACAUUCACGUCGCCAACGUGCGCAUCGUGACCACGCGCUGGGCGCGCAUGCAGGUCGACGGCCGCCCGCACCCGCACAGCUUCGUCAAGGAGGGCGAGGAGAAGCGCACCGUCACCGCGCGCGUGUCCCGCCGCGGAGGCCUCGCGAUCAACAGCGGUAUUGCGGACCUCACGGUGCUGAAGAGCACGGGGUCCGCGUUCCAUGGAUUCGUGCGUGACGAGUUCACGACGCUCCCGGAGACGUGGGACCGCAUCAUGUCCACGGACGUCGACGCCAGCUGGGACUGGAAAGUGUUCCCGGACCUGGCUGCCGUGCGCGCUGCGGCGCCGCGAUUCGACGCCGCGCACGAGGCGGCUCGCGCCAUCACCUUCAAGCGCUUCGCUGACGACAACAGCGCCAGCGUCCAGGCCACCAUGUACAAGAUGUCCGAGGACAUCCUGGCCGCCGUCCCCGAGGUCAACAAGGUGUACUACUCGCUGCCGAAUAAGCACUACUUUGAGCUUGACUUGAGCUGGCACAAGGGCAUCAAGAAUACCGGCAAGGACGCCGAAGUCUACGUGCCGCAGAGCAACCCUAACGGCCUCAUCAAGGUUGAAGUCUCCCGCGAUGGCCAUUCCUCCAAGCUAUAA